CUCGUCAUCUCAUCUCCUUCACAUUUUCGAAAUGAAAUCCUCCUUUUGGCUGGCCAAUCUAUCCAUCCUAGUCUUACCUGUCCUCUGUUUCGGAGCCAGCUACCUUAACACAUGGUCCCGUACCCUGUGCUUACUAGUCAUAUUUCCACUUCUCCCCUCCUUCCUAAACUUAUGCUUCAUACCUGGAGGCUUUGCAUGGAGAAACCAUCAUCAAAAUCUUACAAGCACAAAUAAUCGUGGCCCUAUUUGCUGGCCCUUCUUGGGGCUCUUACCUCAAAUGGGGUCUCAUGCUCAUCGAAAACUAGCAUUUUUAGCUACUUCACUUGGGAGUGCUCGUCUAAUGCCCUUCACUCUUGGCUUCAAUACUCGUUUGAUCAUCAGCAGUCACCCCGAUACAGCCAGAGAAAUUCUUUGUGGGAGUUCAUUUUCGGAUCGCCCCAUAAAAGAAUCAGCUCGCACGCUCAUGUUCCAACGUGCCAUUGGUUUCGCUCCAUCAGGGAAGUACUGGCGCCAUCUACGCAGGAUCGCUGCAAAUCAUAUGUUUUCUCCUAAGAGAAUUUCUAAUCUUGAGGGCCUUAGACAACGGGUUGCCGAUGGAAUGAUAGCGAGUGUUCGAGUUGAGAUGAACGAGACAAGUAUAGUGGAGUUGAGGUCGAUACUGAAAAAGGGCUCUCUGAUUAAUGUCUUAGAGAGUGUGUUUGGGAGCAAUUUGGGUUCAGAAGGAGAGAAACUAGGAUCAAUGGUAGAGGAAGGAUAUGAACUAAUCUCAGAGUUCAAUUGGGCUGAUUAUAUUCCUUUGAAAUUGUUAGACUUUGGUGGGGUGAAGAAAAGGUGUCACAAAUUAGCUGGAGAGGUUAAUUGUCUUAUAGGUCGGAUCAUAAAAGAAAGGAGAAGAGAGGGAAAUGUUAAUGCGAAGAAUGAUUUUGUUAGUGUCUGCCUUUCUUUGCCCGAAGAGGAUCAACUUACUGAUGCAGACUUGGUGGCAGUCUUGUGGGAAAUGGUAUUUAGAGGAACAGAUACGGUGGCUAUCCUUCUGGAAUGGAUCAUGGCCAGGAUGGUCCUGCAUCAGGACAUUCAAGCCAAAGCCCAGCAUGAGAUUGACACGUGCGUCGGCCACGGCCGGCACGUGCAAGACUCCGACGUCCCAAAUCUUCCCUACCUCCAAGCUGUGGUCAAGGAGGUCCUCCGACUGCACCCUCCCGGCCCAUUACUCUCCUGGUCCCGCCUAGCCAUCCACGAUGUCCACGUGGACAAGUUCUUCGUCCCUGCAGGCACCACAGCCAUGGUCAACAUGUGGGCUAUAACCCAUGACCCAGCCAUCUGGAAAGACCCGUGGGCAUUCCGGCCCGAUAGGUUCAUGGAGGAGGAUGUUUCGAUCAUGGGGUCGGACUUGAGGCUUGCCCCGUUCGGGUCAGGUCGCCGGGUAUGCCCGGGAAGGAUGCUGGGGUUGACCACGGUGCAACUAUGGCUGGCACGGCUACUUCAACAAUUCAAAUGGAUUAAUCCGGCAGCGGCGCCGUCCGAACAAGUUGACCUAUCAGAGUGUUUGAAGCUAUCUCUUGAAAUGAAGAAUCGGUUAGCAUGUCGUGCAGUCAAUCGCCGUUAUUAGCCAAGUGAAGAGCGGCUCUACUUGAUUAGUGCUUUUAGAUGCUUUCCUCUUUUAAUGAAUCAAAAAAAGUGAGUAAUAAUACUAGUGCUGCUGCUACUAGAAUAGAAUGUCCUCAAGUUUGUACGCGUACAGCACAGAGACCAAAUGGAAAUCUAAACUAAGAACAAUGGUUUGGUUUGCAUGGAAGAAGUAGAUGGAACGCAACUGUACGAGUUUGCAGCGUGAUUUUUUGUGAAAUAUUUUGAUUGUGGACUAA